AUGGCAUCUAUGGCCACGUUUGGAGUGACAGUCCACGGACAGGGCUCUGGCAAACUGCGGCCAGCCGUCAGACGCCAGGUGCAAAAGAAGAGCGAAGAAAAGCAGCAGUAUUUCCAGAGGAGGACGAUGGGAGACCGGACGCUACGUGACCUCAGGCUGAGACGCCGCCGCGCGCGCCGGAUCUCCCGGGUCCGUGCACGGAGCAGGGGAAGGGCCGCUCCAUGCCGCCCGGCCCUUAGUGCUGCUCUGCUGAAGCUCUGUAACGGGACGAGCUGUCCCAGAUAG